AUGUCUUCUUCAUCUUCAAGAUUUAUAGAAUCCACCGAAAGCUCUAAAGGGCUUGCCCCCUUUUCUGCAAGAGUCCUACUUUCCUUGUUAGAAGCCGAACUCUUGGUCGGUACAGAGGACUGUGGUCCAAUUGGUACAUUCCUUAAAGAGGUCGAGACACAAAAAAACGCAAAACUGGCGUUGUCCGAAGUCAAAGAAGGUUGUUCUGAUAGAGUCUUAAUUAUCGAAAGUGAGGACGCUAGAAACGUCUGUGAAGCUCUGGCAAAGAUUUUGGAAUGCUUUACUGGCGAUGAUGAGAUCAUGGAAAAACUGCACCAAAAUGACCAUAAAUUUCAUUUCUUGAAAAUUCUUCUCCCCACACCAACGGAGUUUGAUUUUGAGAAAGUUACAAACAAAAAUAUGCUAACUACAGUUAGAUUACUUUUUUCCAAUUCAGAAACUUCUGCUAUUAUUGGAAAGAAUGGCGUUGUGAUUAAGAAGCUAAUGGAUGACAACGAGGUCAGAAUACUUGCCUCGAAGCAUUGCUUACCAGACAGCGAAGAUCGGGUACUAGAAAUCCAAGGUCUGCCAUCCUCCAUUGGCCAAACUUGGCUGCAUAUUUCCCAAUUGGAUAUGGAGCCCACCUCAGAAAGUUCGUCUAAUGAUAAGCGUUCGGAAAGGAUGUAUUUUCCUCAUCUUGCAAAGGCUCUAAGAGGCUCUAAUGAUAGAUCAGCAGAGUUUAAAUCUACCGUCAUGAUUCCGGAAGAAUUUGUCGGCGCUCUUGUGGGUAGAGGUGGUAAUAGAAUUGCUAAUUUGAGAAAAUAUACUAAGACCAAGAUACUAAUUGAAAACCAAGAUAAUGCAAAGGGGAAACCUUCACAAGAAAGAGCUUUCACCAUUGUGGGAAACUUGGAAAGAAAUGUCCAAAUUGCUGAAAAGAUGCUAUUUAACAAUUUGAAGACUGAAAGGGAAAGACGUCAAAAUUAUUCCUCAAAAAAGUCAUCAGAGAUUUUAUCCAGUAGCUGA